AUGACCGAGACAGCAUCGACAACGACGACCAAGCCCACAGAGGCCGCGGCCGCAGCAGCAGCAGCAGCAGCAGCGGCGACGACGCCCGAGCCCUUGGACGAGCAGCCCGCACCUUCCCAGUGCGAGGGAGGGGACAGCUCGAAGGCAACCCCGGCCCUGUCCCCUUCCACGUGGAAACCCAACGCGGCCGCCGCCGAGUGGACGCCUAGCUUUGGAGCACCAGCAGCGCCGGCCGCUAAGUCUGUGGGGGAAGAGGGGGAUGAACAGGGGACUGCUGAAGAGGGCGAGGUGCCAGCUGGGGAAAAGGAUGUCGGCGACACGCCCGAGUCGAAGGCAACUCCUUCCAAGGACUCUGCGGCCAUCACAGGAGACGACGUGGCUGGGAAAUCGGACGCGGCCACUGGUGUGGAGGCGACGAUACGGUACGACAUCGCGUUCCUUGUCAGCCUCAGGCCGAAGCCGGAGGGCACGCCUAGGCCCGAAGGCCUCAAUCCUCCCGAUCGGGUUGACAUUCUGUGGGAUGGAAAGGAGCCCACACCCAUGAAGGCGGGCUCAAUGAGGGGAGGGGGCAUCCGUCCCCUGCCCCCCCUCGGGGGACGCAUGGGUUCAUCUUCGCGCGGGCUCGGAGAGGCUAGGGGGGCACCGCCUCCGUUGCGGGGGGCACAGCGGGACAUGGGCCGUGAUAGGGAUAACCGCAUGGACCAGCGCGGUGGGCGAGACGACAGACGAUCAGGUGGCGGGGGGGGCGGUGGCGGCAGAGACAACAGAGGGGGCGGGGGCAGGAGACCCCCCGUGGACACGGCGCCUGCCCUGGAGGACUGCAAGCCCAUCGAGAUCAACGAGGCCACCCGGUGGAAACCCAAGUCUCUGGAGACUACGGGCAAGGCGGAGGACAAGCUGCCGACCGAGAAAGUGCUCAUGAAGGCCAACGCCAUCCUCAACAAGAUGACGCUGGAGAAGUUCGACAAGCUGAGCGUGACGUUCAUGGAUGUGGGACUCCGCGACCCUAAGGUGGUGUCUGGGGUGAUCGACAUCAUCGUGGAAAAGGCGCAAAUGGAGCCCCACUUCUCAAGCAUGUACGCGGACCUGUGCGCGCGAAUCGCCCGAACGCCAAUCGCCGGCCUGGGUGAGGACGCCACGGGCAAGGACGCGAGCAAGGGCAGCAAGAAGUUCCGCAAGAUGCUGCUGGUCAAGGUCCAGCAGGAGUUCGAGAAGGACUGGCAGGGAUUGUUCGCCGCCGUGCAGAGCGACUCUACCCUGGCGGACGAUGAGAAGGCGGAGAAGGAGUUCGGCCUCAAGAGGAAGUACACGGGUCACAUGCGCUUCGUGGGCGAGCUGUACAAGGUGGAACUGCUGAAGGAGAAGCACGUACACGCGGCCAUUCACGACAUGUUCGGCAACGCCGACGAGCCCGACGAGGAGAGGUUGGAGUGCAUGGUGAAGCUGCUUCAGACGUGCGGGAAGAAGCUCGACCACACAGGAUCGCCGGACAUCGUCAAGGACAUGAAGCGUUUGUUCAAGCGCGUGGGCAAGGUAGCGGACGGGCGGCAGGUCUCGAGCCGCAUCAGAUUCAUGCUAAGGGACUUGAUCGAGCUGAGGAAGAACCACUGGGUGCCAAGACGGGAAGAGGAGAAGGCCAAGACCAUGCAGGAGCUGCACAACGACAUCGCUAAGGAAGAGGAGUCGAAGAACAGGAGGGGGGGUGGUUCCUCGAGACCAGGGGGCAGCUCUGGCAGCUCUUCCAUCCGACCUGGCUCUGGGGACGCCCGAGUGUCUAUGGGCUCCAGGGGCGAGUCGACGUCGACAGGGUCUCGACCGACGGGUCUCGCGGUGGCCACGAAGAAGGACGACGACGGGUGGGAGACUGUGCCGAAGAAGGGGGGCAAGGGAGGGGGAGGGGGAGGGGGGGGCGAUGGCUGGAGCCAGGUGCCUUCAUCUAGGUCUCGGUCGAGCAACCCGGGGUCGGACGAGAGGAGAGGGGGCGGCGCUGCUAACGGCGGGUCUCUGGUGGCGCAGCAGUCGGCGUUCGCUCUGCUGAGCUCCCACGACGAUGACAAGGAGAAGGAGAAGAAGAAGAAAAAGAAGGACUCCAAGGACAAGAAGGACAAGUCCAGCAAAUCCGGCAAGGAGAAGAAGAAGAAGGACAAGUCCAGCAGCAGCAAGAAGACCUCGACCACAGCUUCUGCCGCCGCCUCUCCCUCUGCUGCCGCUGCUGCGGACGUACCCCCCCCGGCGGCGCCUGCCUCCAGCGGCGGUGCCCCCGCUGCUGCCUCAGCCAAGGGUCCGAUGAGCGAGGAGGUGGCGAGGAAGAAGGGAAAGGACGUGGUGGCGGAGUUCGCGGUCUCCGGGGAACUGGGGGAGGCGUGCACCUGUCUCAUGGAGAUCGACGCAGAGGUACGGUGGGCGGCCGUGUCCGAGGCCGUCAACGACUCUUUCGAGCGCAAGCAGAAGCACCGCGACGCCCUCGGGGUGGUGCUCGCGGCGGGGGCCAAGGACGGAGCUCUGUCCGAGGAGGCCCUCCUGAAGGGGUUCGGGGAUGUGCUGGACAUGGUGCCUGACGUCUGCAUUGACGUUCCUCAGGCAACCCAGUACGUGGCUUCCGCCUUGGCUCCCCUGGUGCUCGGCGGGCAUGUUAAGCUGGGUCCUUUGUUGUCGUCGCCUUGCGAGGGGUUGAUGGAGGGGGGGAAGGCAGCGGAGUUCGCCGUCGUUGCGAUCAAGCAGGUUAAGGCGGCCGCGGCGGCGGACGGCCUGUCCGACGACGCCGCCGCCGCGCGCGCUUCGGAGCUUUUGGCCGGGGGCCUCGACGUCCCCAAGCUGGCCGCGAUGCUCCCGUUCAUCUGCCGAGGGGACGAAGCCAAGGCUACGGAGUUGCUAGAGCGCCACGGCGUGUCGCUGUAACGCCAGUGGGCGUUGUCUGGUCCCCCCUCUCUUUUAUUUAUUUUUUUUUUUCGGGUAAGUUAGCGUGUGACGACGGAAAUCGACCGCGUCAAUUUGUUAGACCAGUACGGACAGAUGGAGGUGCUGGAUAUAGAGAGAUCGGAACGGUUUUAAAUGCGAAGACAACGACAUCAGCUACAACCGACCAACCUCGCGAUGCGGGUUCUUAUCGCGAGGCUUCGUUUUCAUUGGCUCGUUCGGGGGGGCGCGCCGCGGGGGGGAGGCUACGGCACUACCUAGUCGUUGGAGAGUCCCCGUUCGGUUUCGCUGCCAGUUUGUCGGGCCAAAUUCCCCUUAUCCUGAUGGAGAGGAUGCGGCCUUGUCUUUCCCACCCUCCUUCCCCUCUCCAGCCCGGUUGACACAGUCAUCGACAGUGGCAGUGACAGUGACAGUAGUGACACGGCAUAGAAGGCAAGAGUAACGAGGAACGCGGUGUGCUUUGGACGGAAGCCUUUUGCACGUGCUGCCGCAAGUUGGUGCGACGUGGCGGGGGCGAGGGGGGUGGGCUUGUUGAUUUGAUUUGCACCUUUUGAGAGCGGCCGAAGUGGUGAGCGCGCGGUUUCCCCCCACCCGGUGUAGACGAGAGUCUUUCGCUGCGGUGGGGCGGACUGAACUGAUUUCCGUGCUCAUGGUGGCGUGAGCCGGGAAGAGGUUGGGGAGUAACUUGUCGGAGCCGAGGGAGGGGAUGAAUCAUCGGUCGCGCGGGGAUUUAGAUGAUGUUUGUGGGCGGCGCGGCUUGGGAGGGCGGGGGGAGGAGUAACUGCGGCUUUCGCGGGUGGUGGGGGUGCCGUGGUGCCCUUCUUGGGCCUGCCUGCCUGUGAUUGGGUGGGUGCCGGGUGCGGGCACCGCGUGUGUUGCCUGCGAGGGAACCUUGCUCUCUGGGUGAGUGAGGUUGUUGCCGGCGUAGUUGUCGUGGCUGACUUUUUUGCCGCUUCUCCUGACGCGUGCAUGCAUGCAUUCAUUCGUGAAAAGCGAGUGAGGAGAGUUGGUUCAUUGAGGUCUUUCCACUAUUAUUCCUUUUUGUGCUGGAAAUCUCGGUGAAGAAGGAGACCUCUCCACACGAAGCAGCAACCUGGCCCUUGGUGCAAUAGAAGCGGAUCGGAAUAGAUCGUGACUACGGGAGGCAAGGCGGCAGGGAAAGACCAAAAGGGACUAAGUUUCACUCGACACCCGAAGAGAUUUCGCCGUCGGUGUGACCUUCUAUCAAGCCGCCACGUUGUUGCGGGUUUUCCGUUUGAGUGUGUGGGAGGAAGAACGGGGCUCCGUGAUUUCUGUCGUGGAGACAGCAGUGUCUCGGGGUCUCCUUUCUUGCGGUGGUAGGACACCAUCCUUGGCAUCGCAUAGAAAUACGUGGUGGAGGGAGGCGAGGCCUUUUCGUUUUUUUUUUUGUUUCUUCUGCUGUUCUCUUAGUACCGCUACACUUAGCGGCGACAGCACAAAGUACCUUGGUCUCACGUCCGUCUGUCUGUCCGUGCCUUGCUCUCUG